CGAGAAGUUGAACCUGUUGAUGCUUGGAAAGGGAGAACUUGGAUGCCUCACGCCAGUAGGAACUAUGCUCCCAACGAUGCUUUACCAAGCAACUAGGAUGUCUAUACACCUUGGAACAAAUCUCGCACUUGAACACCUGACCUUUCUUCUUCUGAUGGUGUACCGCGGGCGCUGGCACAAGCAAAGUUACAUUUGAACCUAAGUGCUGAAGAUUGGCAUGAUUGCUAUCAUUGAUGUUUGGGGGAGUAGGCAUUGAACGUGCUAGGUUGCUAGGCACAUUGGAUUUCGGAGUUGGGGUGGUUGUGUGAGAGGAAGCAGAAGGCCCAGUGGCAGUGGUAGCUAAGAUAACAGCAGCACUGAGGCCUGAGUUACGAUCGGGGCUGGUGGUAGUAGGAUAUAAUGGGGCAUUGGUAUAAUUAGCAUUCAGAAGGCUGAACGAUAAGCAUUUAAGCACCCAAAUGUUGGGAGAGAACACGGGGAAGAAGAGAGAACCUACCCGGUGCUACCAGGACAUGUCCCAUUGCCUCCAGUGACUCGGGAGACAACUGCUUGAGUGACAACGGCAGUGGUGGC